UCGACGUGGUCGGAUUAUCAUGGACCCUCUGCGCGAUGGCGACGGUGAUCGUUCACAGCACGCCACCGCCUAUGCCAAAUUGAACUCGCCUUCGCAGACUCUCUUUCGCCUGCAACGACGCCGGCUCUUGCGCCUCUUCUCCUUGCUUCCCCGGCUUCUUCCGAAGUGCGCCUUCCCUUCCCCUCGCCGCUCGCCUCUUCCCACACGAACGAUCCGAACUCAUUAGAGUUUCCAGUCGAGGUUGAACUUGGCUGAUCUUAGAUCGAUCUUGUUGAUUUAAUGUUUGCGUCGGCGGUCUGUUGAUCUAGAAUCUUAGAUCCUGUUAUGAUUUCCAUUUGAUGUUUACCUCGCUGGUUUCCGUGCCGCCUCCGUGGAGUUUGGAAGGUAGGAUUUUGCUGUCGCGGAUGGUGCUCACGCUCGUUUGCUCCAUUUUAUAUGUCAUUGUCGUUGAUUUUGACAAAUUUCUUGACCUUAAAAUUGCGCCAUUUUUUAGCGGUUGAAAAAGGAUCGGAAGAAAAAAUCGCCACUUCAAUUUGCGCAUGUAAUUCUAAAAUAUGGCCUCGAAUCUUGAUCGCCUAUAAGAAACUAAUUAUGCGCUCUCUUUGCAGUGUGUGAACAUUGAAGAACAGCUAGAAGAGACAGGUGCAUACUAUGGCAGCUUUCAGAUCAUUUUGGAAUAGCCCUAUGGGUCCAAAAACAACUCACUUCUGGGGACCAGUUGCAAAUUGGGGCUUCGUUAUCUCUGGUUUAGCAGAUACACAGAAACCCCCAGAGUUGAUAUCUGGGAAUAUGACUUCAGUUAUGUGCAUCUACUCUGUACUUUGCAUGAGAUUUGCAUGGAUGAUACGACCUCGUAACUACCUGCUUCUCGUCUGUCAUGCCUCUAAUGAAUCAGUUCAGCUCUUUCAGUUAUCCAGAUGGGCGAAAGCACAUGGGUAUCCAGCUCUUCGAACUAACUAAUUCUGGAGGUGACCGGCUAGACCCUAUGAAUGUUUCCCACCGACCACUAAGGUAAAUCAUAAAGUACUCACGGAGGUCCAUCCAAACCGUCAGUGUUCAGUGAUCUAGAAAAUAAAUGCAUGUAUCUUGAAUUUAUGUACUUAGAUAGAAUAAAUGCACAUAUCUAAUUAAUGAUGCGUGGUCUAGAGAUUUCUAUUGAGUAGUAUAAAUAGUCAUGUAACGUAAAGUUGUAAGACAAGUAUUUUUUCAAUA